AUGCCAGCUUUAUUUAUCCUUGCUGUUGUUUUUCUCGGCACCAGUGUGUACGCAUCACCAGUUUCUACCGAAAUAUCCAGUCAGGAAGGUGGCUAUCCAGUCAUUGUUUAUGAAAAUGGAUACACCAGCGCGCCGUAUCACGGCCCGUAUGACGGCACCCCUACCACGACUGGUGCUGUGAAAGCACCUGCAACUCUGGCAGCGGAAAUAGAACCCAAACCACCAAAUCCCACAGCCACUUAUUACAAUAGCCGUGGCGUACCUAUUGAACCUAUGCCUGCCCCUUAUGUCCCGGCAGGUGGACUAGGCACGAACGGCACCUUACCACGCUACAUGGUGGAAAGUGACUUCGACUUCGAAUCUAUUGCACUUGGGACCUACCAGGAAUGGAUUGAGUUAGACCUGUUCCAUGAUGGACUUGCUCGCUUCACCGACGAGGAGUUUGAGGAAGCUGGUUUGGGUCCAGAUGCACGGUCUUUGAUUGAAUUUAUGGCGAACCAGGAAAGUGGACAUGCAACCCUCCUAAGCAACAUGCUUGGCGAAGCUGCGCCAAAGCAGUGCGUGUAUAACUAUCCAUACACAACGGUUCGCGAGUGGCUCGAUUUCAACCAACGUGUGACGCGAUUUGGAGAGUCUGGUGUCUGGGGCUUUAUCUCGCAUUUGGACUCACGCGAAGUUGCCAACUUACUCUCCCUGUCCAUCUCAACGGAGGCACGCCAACAAUUGAUAUUCCGCCAAAUGGCCGGGCUGUCGCCGAUGAAUGUCUGGUUUGAGAACGGGUGGCCCCAGUCCUGGGCUUGGACAAUGCUAGCCCCUUACAUUAGUUACUGUCCGGAAAACACCACCCGGCUGGCGUGGCAGAACUUCCCGACCCUAAACAUUCUCAACAACCCAAAUAUCAACCGGAUCAACCCCAAUGACACGGCUGAUAACGGCAGCGAGUCUACCGGAAGACGCAUUACGGACCCAUCAGUCUCAGAUGUUGCUGACGGCGAGGGAUGCCUUCAUGCGAGUGGUGUAGGAAUUAAUUGCGACGCCGCAAUUGCUCAUAACCGAUCGGACCCUCUGUCCUUCCCAGGGAAGCAGGUUUUCCUGGAGUGGGAAGCGCCCGGGAAAGCCGUUGGACCAAACAACUCUUAUAUCAGUGAUACGACCGCUGGCGAGCCGAGAUUUGUUGCUUGGAGUUCGCAGUUGAACUUGACCUAUUCCCCAUUAACUGUUACUGGUGACCACACAGGCUACACCUUCCAGCCGGAAGGCUUCGUAUAUGAGGAUGAUGGUAUCAUCAACGGCACGAUGGCAGUUGCUUUGACGGACUUCGAUCUUUUUGUUACUCCGUUCAACCUGAGUAUGCUCAACCCUCAUAUUGUCGCACUCGGGCUAUACAUGGCAGGAUGA